AUGUCAGGCCAAAUGGUGCUGCGGUGCACCAAGACGGGGCGUCUGUUCUUCAGCACGGCGGAAGCCACAGAACAUGCCGAAGCGUUCGGCAAGGAGUAUGCCAACUUCGAUGAGGUUGGCUUGGAUCACAAGGUCUGGGUGGCAGCGGAGACGGGACGUGUUUGCUACACUGAAGCGGACCUUCAGAAGAUGAAGGUGAGGGAUCCGGACUCCAAGACCUGGGAGGAGAAAACGGUUGCCUACCUGAUGGAGAUGCAGAAAAAGAAGGAUGUAGCGAUCGCUCGGAAGGAGAAGUUCUUCUCCUCUGUGGAUCAGAGAAAGCUAGAGCUCAUGAUCUCCGCGAAGUCUCUUGGCAAGACGAGAUCAGCGAAAGCCCUGCACUUCACUCGGGAGAAAGGGACCAUUGAAGCAGCAGAGGCUUGGCUGGAAGAAAAUCAGAGCUUGCCAGAUCUCGAUAAGCUCACAGACGCUUUUGUGGAGGAAGCUCUGGCAAGUCUAGGUGAUGUAGAGAUGCCAGAUGCCCAUGCCGAUGUGGACAUGACACCAAUCGAUGAUCGCAAGAUCGGCGAUCCCAAUCCACCCGAGAUCAAGGAGAAGAUCAACCAGGAUUUGCUCAAGCAGGUCAUGGAGAUGGGCUUUUCCGAAGUCCGCGCGGAGAAGGCUCUCUACAAGACUGACAAUGCGAGCUUGGAGUACGCUGUCAACUGGCUCGCUGAACACGCCGAAGAUGCCGACAUUGACCUGCCCCUGCUGAAGCCGCCUCCUCCAGCCCCUGUGAAGCCCAAGAUGAGCAAAGAGGAGGCGGAAGCCAAGGCACUGGAACUGCAGAAGCGGCUUAGAGAAAAAAGAGCAGCAGAAGAGAAGGAGAAGGAGAAAGAGAAGGAGGCACAGAGAAAGGAAUCUACAAAGCUAAUGGCCGAAGCCCAGGAAAGGGCGAAGGAAGAGGAUCGCCGAAGGGCGAUUGAGCAGCAGAUGCGCGAGAAAGAGGAGCAUGACAGGCAUCGAGCUGAGCUGAAAGAACGCUUGCGUCAGGACUACAUCGAUCGCUUCGGCUGUGAGCCGCCCGAGGAAAAGGAGGAGGAGUGCGUGAAGGAAAAGACCAGUAAGGAGCAGCUCGCGUUCCACCUGAAUAAACUGAAAAAGACAUACAAGGACUCCAAUGCAGAAGGCCUGAAAACCUGCCUUAACACGUUGAAGAUCUACAUCAAGAACUUGCAUGAGAACCCGCUAGAGGUAAAGUUCAAGAAGCUGAAGUUGGACAACAAGGCAUUCCAGUCCAGAAUAGUUCCCUACGAUGGAGCGCUGGAUGUGUUGGAUGUGUUGGGCUUUGAGAAGAAGGAGGACUGCCUGGAGCAAAGAAAAUCAACUCCAGAUGGCUUCCUUUGUGGUCAAGCCAUCAAGUUCAUCGACUUGAUGUUGGGUCAGAUCUGA